AGUCGAUGAUUGCUAUAGUCUUGAUGACGUUUUUUCAAAAACAACGCAAUACCAAUUCAGAGGGAGGUUUAGAUGCUGAUGUUGAAUUAUAUAUAUAUCUUGGCUACAAACAAGUUCGGUUUAUCAUUCAAGAUAUAGAAAAUAAUAAUGAUGAUCUUCCAAGUGUUAAUGCAUUUGAUGUACUUAUGAAUAAUUCAAUCUACGCGUUAACAACUGCAAUUUGGUAUUUAGAUCCACAUCUUGAUAAACUAGCGAAAAGAGUAUGUCAUUUGCCUUAUCUUUUUAAGCAACUUAAUACUGACAAGCAAGGACGAAUCUAUAAUGAAUAUUAUCACGCCUCGAAACAAAUAUCUAAAAAUGAGCUCGAAUCAAUCAUAACAGCUUUAAAUUUAUCACUUGAACAACCUUGGGUCACAUCUAACACAUGGGAAGCUGAACAAGUUAAUACUGAAAUGAAUAUAUUGUAUAAUAGUAAUACAAUAGUUCAGGAUGGUGUGAGAAAUACUGAAUUAUAUACUAAUGAAGCUUCUAAAACACAAAUAUCAUCAAAAUAUAUUGAAUUAGAUAGAGUUCUUCGACAAAAGGAUUAUUACAUUUAUAUUAAUUUAGAUCAAUAUCUUCCAUCAAUGUCUAAUCAAACAUAUAAUUUUAUUAAAGAAUUAAGUUUAUUAUUUCCAAUUUCAAUAUACAGAUAUCAUCAUGAAAACUAUUUAGAAACUAAGAAUUUUAUAUGGCGGGUAUCUAUUUAUAAUUGUAAUCGUUCUAAAACAGAAAAUAAUGCUGUUAUA